AUGAAGUUCGGAGUUCUCUUCACAGUGGCAGCCGCCCUGUUGCAGGGUGGCUAUAGUAGUUUUGUAUCCAUUAGGAUGCCUUACUUAAAUCCAGCAGGAGUAACUUACAUAAAUAAUAUCGGACAAGAGGCACAGCUUGCAUAUAGUGUUCCCGCUAAAGUUGAAGCAGAACACAUUGGAUAUGCCGCUGCCCAAGUGCCAGCAGUGGCUGCUGUACCAUACGUCAAACACGUGCCAACUGUCUCUCAUGUGCCAGUCACAAAAAUUGAGGCACAACCUGCUCUCCUGGAAAAACAAUUAGACGUCGUUAAACCGGCUGUUUCUACUCGAAAAUUCGAAGUACGCCGCCCAGCAAUCCAGAAGCAAUUCUUCGACAUUGAAGAACGCGUAGUCGUUCGUCCAGCUGGUUCAGCAGUAGUCGAGCUUGAUCAACCGACCUCCAAGACUCAGAAAGGACCAGCUGUCAUUCAACCUCUGUUCCAACACUUCUCAGGUCUCGAAGCAUCUCCAUCUCUUCCUUCUCUCCCAUCUCUUCCAUCUCUCCCAUCUUUGCCAUCUCUGCCAUCUCUGCCAUCGCUGCCAUCUCUACCAUCUUUGUCAUCUCCUGUAGAAUCUUCUACUCCAUCCUCCUCCAGCGAUGACGAAACUGUUGUGGUUGAAAAUCCUGACUUCCGCAGACUCGGACCUCAAAGCCAGGCCGGUGCACCUGCAGCUCAAGCAAGAACUAACUUGAACGGUGUUGCACAAUCGAACGAACCAUUCGUUGCACAUGAUCCUUCACCAAGCGUUGUGGUUAGCCCCAAAUCUUCCCCUGAAGAGGACAAAGAGAACCAGAAUAGACUGAUUGACUUGCUCACUGCCCGUGGUAACGUUGCUGAGGUUGGCUUUGGUCGCUAUCCCUCCCUCUCCCAAUCCGCAGCCGGAGACGCUGGCCAGGUUCGCGGACGUGUAAUCUCUGCUACCCCAGCUCCGGAAUACGCAGAACCUGCUGACGAACGCGUCUCUACGCGACGUGUUGUUGUCAGCAGACCGAUUGAAACUCUCCAAGAAGUGAAUGUCGUGGAACCAGCGACUAAAAUCGAGAGAGUGUCCGUCCAACAACCAACCUACAUAAAAACAGCGCGCCUCGAUCAUGUUCAGGUUCACAGCUCUGUACCGGUGGUCGGAAAAGCUUUUGCACCAACGAUUGCCCAUGCUGCUGUUCCAGUUUAUCAGAAGACCAUCUCGCCAGCUUAUGAAUAUUACCACUGA